AUGGAUGGCUGCUCCAGGGGCAAUCCAGGACGGGCAGGAGGUAGUGGUAUCAUACGGAAUGGUGAGAGCAAGCUCCUGCUCGCCUUUUCCACAUUUGUUGGGACCUGUACUAGCAUCCAGGCUGAGGCAAGGGCCCUUCUCUUUGGGAUAAACUUGUGCAUUUCUUGUGGCUAUGUGAGAGUGCACGUGGAGAUGGAUUAUCUGGUUCUCGUUAAAAUAUUGCAGCAACAAAUUCGAUGCCCGUGGAGUAUUGAUAUGGAAAUCCGGUCCCUCCUUCAGCUGAUGCCCCAUGUCGCUAGCAUCACUCAUUGCUUCCGAGAGGGUAAUCAAGUGGCUGAUAGACUAUCUAAUAUUGGUUGUGACGAAGGUUGUAACAGAACUUAUCAUCAUCUUUCCGAGCUCCCUACUCAAGCCCGAGGGGCAUUUAGACUAGACAAGUUUGGUACAAUACCACCAGAGAUGGGUAACCUUUACCAACUCGAGAAUCUUCAGUUACCUUAUAAUGGCUUGAAUGGCUCCAUUCCCCCUGGGCUCUUCAACCUCUCAGCAUUGCAGAAUAUUGACCUUGCAUUUAAUCUUCUAUCAGGAAAUCUUCCGCGGGAUCUAGGAUACAGACUGCCCAAGUUAUUAUUCAUAGAGCUUGAUGGGAAUAACCUUGGUGGAGUUAUACCGGUGUCCAUUACAAAUUGUUCCCAAUUAAAAAUUCUAGAUUUUUCAAUUAACGGAUUCACUGGUUCCAUUCCUGACGCCCUCGAGGACCUUAGGCUGCUGCGGUAUAUACUUCUGAACAGCAACAAUUUAACAAGUGAUCCUACAUCUACGAAGCUGAGCUUCAUCACUUCAUUAACAAAAUGCAAAAACUUGUUGACUGGAGGCAUCCCAGCAGCAUUCAAAGAUCAACAAAACAUGCAAAAUUUGGGUAUGGAAGAUAAUAAUCUAAAUGGCACUUUAGAAAACCUUUGCAAUUUGCAGAGGUUGGCUUAUGCAUACCUGACUGCGAACCGAUUUUCCGGGUCCAUACCAGAAUGCUUUGGCAAUAUGACUUCUCUUCGGGAUCUUGAUCUAGGAAACAACUUUUUAGUCACUGCCAUACCUAAUAUUGGAAAUUUGAAAGCUAUUACAUCUAAAGACGUAUCAGCGAAUCAAUUCUCCGGUGACAUUCCUAGCACAACAGGUGAUUUACAAUACCUGUUGAUUUUAAAUUUAUCCCAAAACCAAUUUCAUGGAUCUAUCCCAGAGUCAUUUGGCAAUAUGCUUAGCUUACAAGGACUUUACCUAUCGCAUAACAAUCUUUCUGGCUUCGUACCAAAGUCAUUGGAGGCACUUCAGUACCUUGAAGAGAUUGACGUUUCUUAUAACCAUUUAAGUGGUGAAAUUCCUUCUGGUGGUCGCUUUAGGAACUUUACCGCUGAAUCUUUUCUGUUCAACGAUGCAUUGUGCGGGGAUUCCAGGUUUCACGUGCCGCCUUGCCCAAGAACUAAUUCAAUUCACAGGUCCAGAACAAAAAAGGUGCUUCUAUUUGUAUUUGUUCCUCUGGGACUCGCUUCUGUGGUUGUCGCAGCCUUAGCAAUUGUCUUCAGAAGAUAUUGGAAGAAAUAUCAGGAUUCUAAAGGAACAAACAUGGUAUUGGUGCCAACGCAAGAAAGAGUUUCGUACUACGAACUUCUUCGAGCAACUGAUGGGUACAGCGAAAGCAAUUUGCUUGGCAUUGGGUGUUUUGGAUCUGUUUACAAGGGGAUUCUGAAUGAUGGAAGGUCUAUUGCUGUAAAGGUUUUCAAUUUGGAACUGGAAGGAGUACUCAAGAGCUUUGAUGUUGAGUGUGAAGUCCUGAAGAACCUUCGCCAUCGAAAUCUUGUGAAGGUCGUCAGCGGUUGUUGGAACCGGGAUUUUAGGGCCUUGGUGCUUGAAUACAUGUGCAAUGGAAGCCUUGAGAAGUGGUUGUAUUCUGACAACUAUUUCUUAGAUACUCUAUAG